UUUACAGGUGGGUGUAACCAGAAGGCUGUAAAGUGCAAGUGCUCUUAUAUAUCAGAGAGUGAAAGUUUUUCAUUCAGUGUCUCUUAGGUGAAAUGGCGCAGCAAGGAAUUCAGAUGGACCAGGAGAAACUCAGCUGUCCAAUCUGCUUGGAUCUACUGAAGAAUCCGGUGACUAUUCCCUGUGGACACAGCUACUGUAUGAAAUGUAUUAAAGACUGCUGGGAGGGAAAGGAUCAGAAGGAAACCUACAGCUGUCCUCAGUGCAGACAGAUGUUCAGACCGAGGCCUGACCUGAAGAAAAGCACAGUUUUAGCAGAUUUAGUGGAGGAGCUGAAGAAGACAAGAAUUGAAUCUGCUCCAGCUGAUCUCUGCUAUGCUGGACCUGGAGAUGUGUCCUGUGAUUUCUGCACUGGGAGGAAACUGAAAGCUGUCAAGUCCUGUCUGCAGUGUCUGGUCUCUUACUGUGACCAACACCUCCAGCCUCACUAUGAUGUUGCUGCAUUAAAGAAUCACAAGCUGGUGGAUCCGUCCAAGAAGCUUCAGGAGAACAUCUGCUCUAGUCACAAUGAGGUGAUGAAGAUUUUCUGCCGCACUGAUCAGCAGUGUAUCUGUUAUCUGUGCUCCUUGGAUGAACAUAAAGGCCACGACACAGUUUCAGCUGCAGCAGAAAGGAACGACAAGCAACGAGUUGUUGGGUUGAAUCAAGAGAAGAUCCAGCAGAGAAUCCAGGACAGAGAGAAAGAUGUGAGGAUGCUUCAGCAGAAGGUGGAGGUCAUCAAUCAGUCUGCUGACAAAGCUGUAACCAACAGUGAGGAGACCUCCAAAGAUCUCAUCCAUCUGAUUGAGAAAAGAAACUCUGAUGUGAAGCAGCAGAUCAGAUCCAAGCAGACAGAUGAGGUGAGAAAAGUCAGAGAUCUUCAGGAGAAGUUGAAGCAGGAGCUUGUUGAGUUGAGAAGGAGAAGCUCUGAGUUGGGGCAGCUCUCACAAACAGAAGACCACAUCCAGUUUCUACACAAUUAUCCUCUAAUGUCAAAUCUCAGUGAGUCCACAAACCCAGCCAACAUCAGCAGUGUUCACCAUCUGCAAUACUUUGAUGACGUUACAGUGGCUGUGUCAAAGACCAGAGAUAAACUACAGGAUAUUCUGAAAGAAGACUGGACCAAGACCUCACCAAGACCACAGGAUGUUUCAGGAUUGAAGAUCCUGCCACCAGCAGAACCAAAGACCAGAGCUGAGUUCCUACAGUAUUCACGUCACCUCACACUGGAAACAAACACAGCAAACAGGGAUAUUUCAUUGUCUCAGGGGAACAGAAAGGCAAGUGUGGAUGGAGUUUCAUUUUUCAGAACAUUGAGGAUGAUGAUAUCGAUAGAUAGCGGGGAGCUAGGUCCCAUCAACAAUCUUCAGGUUCACAGUGCAGAGAGUUUGACUGGACGGUGUUACUGGGAGGUGGACUGGUCCGGGAGAGCGGUUUUAGUCGCAGUCUCAUACACAAGAAGAAAUAUGCUUUCCAAAAGUGGAUUUGGGACCAAUGCCACAUCUUGGGCCUUGUACUGUCUGAACGAUCGCUUUGAAUUCAGACACAACAACAUCAUAACUCCCAUCUCAUUUCCUCCGUCCUCCAGAAUUGGAGUCUAUCUGGAUCACAGUGCAGGUAUUCUGUCCUUCUACAGAGUCUCUGAUACCAUGACUUUGAUCCACAGAGUCCAGACCUCAUUCACUCAGCCCCUCUACGCUGGGUUUUUGGUUGGUUAUGGAUCUACAGUUCAGGUCCUGUAGGCAGGAAUAAACAAGUGAUGAUGUUUUUUUCGCAAAAAGUUUUAUUUGUCUCUUUUGUUUUCAUUGUUGUGAUGUUUCUACACUUCGUACAACAGAAUAAUCAUUUAAGUCUUGCAAAAUCACCAACGUGGGAAAGAUUAGUUGCAUAUUUUGGUCUUACGUGGUCGUAAAGAUUUAUCGAGACAGAAUAGCCAAUGUAAAUUUUCCAUCCUGUUCUUCUUUUAGCAUUAAAUGUCACAACAGAAAAAACCCAACCUGCACCAACUGAGUUAUGACGCAUUAUAGUUUACAUCAAAUCAAACAAUCCACGUGGUUAAAGAUUUCAUUAAAGUACAUUUUGUGCUAAUCAGAAAGAAAUGCUGGCACCUUUGCAGAGUAUAAAUUUGCAAACUAUAGAUUUUAAAUAAUUUCUAGACCAUGAGAAGUUGUUUUGAUCAUAAAAUUAAAUACAAGAUUGUUCAUUGUUCUUUUGUUGUUUUGAAUAUUUCGUCUUGUUUUUGUUAUUUUUUUGUUUGACUUUUGUCAUUUGUCUCAUGUUUUAGUCGUUUUGUGUUCCUUUUAGUCUCACUUGUGGUUUUUUGUCCAUUUUUUGUCAUUUUGUAACUUUACUGUCUAAUUUUUUGUCUCUUUCUUUGUUUUGCGUCAUGUCGUUUGUCUCAUUUUUGUAAUUUUGUGUCUCAUUUUUGGAAUAUUUUGUCUUGUUUUUGUUGUUUUUUGCACCUUUUGUGUAUAAUUUCCUCAUUUCAGGGCUCAUUUAGUGAGACAUCCCAGAUGUGUUUAAUUGCUUUAAUUGUUAGUUCAAGAGUGUAGAGUUACAUGUAAGACGGUUUAAGACGUGACGGGAUUAUUUUCAUGUCCAAAAUCUAAAAUGAGAGGAACUUUGAGGAUUUAAAUCAAAUACUGGUGUCAAAAACAUGAUAAACUGAAAUGAAUGGAUUGAAUAGAUAAAAAUGAAUGUUGUUGUACGUAAUUUCAUCCAUAUUUACAUGAUUUAGACGUGUUUUUUCUGUUUAUUUACCACAUAUUUGUGUAUAUCCGUCCUGAUGGAGGUUUAUAAACGUCUGUGCUGUCUGAUGAAUAAAGCAGUUCUGUUUGCA